AUAUAUUUUUAUAUAAUUAAUUAUAUUUUUAGUUUUGUAUGUAAAGAAUGGCUGCAACUAAAUAUAUUGAUUUUAUAUUAUACGUUUCACUUUUGUUAUCAUGUAUAUAACCUCUUAUUACUAUAGUUUGAUAAUGUUGUGUAAAUUAUAAAAUUAGUAAAAUUUUUUAUUGUAUAAAAAUAUAUGUCAUUAUGCCAGAGAAUAAAGAAAAAGAAGAAGAAAAACCUGUUGUUGCAAAAACAGCAAUUGAUUUACAACGAUUAAAACUUCAAAAAUUGAUGAAAAAUCCGGAAAAACCUAUUAUAUUACCAGAACGACCUAAAGCUAAAAGUACACCUACAGUACCAGAAUUUGUUCGUAAUGUAAUGGGUAGUAGUGCAGGUGCUGGUAGUGGAGAAUUUCAUGUGUAUAGACAUUUAAGACGUAAAGAAUAUGCACGACAAAAAUUUAUUCAAGAAAAGGGUCAUAAGGAACUUUUAGAUGCAGAAUAUCAUAAAAAAAUUGAAGAAAAUAAAAGAAUAGCUAAGGAAAUAACUGCAAAAAAAAGAGCAAAAAGAUUAAAAAAAAAACAGAAAUGGAAACAAAAGAAAAAGAUAAAAACUACAAAUGUAGAACAACAUAACAAGAAUGAAAAUAAUAUAUAUUCUUCAGAAGAAGAAAAUUUAAAUAAACAGGAAUUAAAUAAUAAAAAUGAUAAAAUAGUUAAGAAUAUAUUAAGUUCAAAAGAUUUUAGUCAAUCCGAAGAAUCAAAUUCUAUUGCAAAUACAAAUAAAAAUAAAGUUGGUAAUACAAAAUAUAUAGAAAUAAAUGUAAACAAUUCAGCUCCUCAACAAAAAUAAAUAAGAUUUGGAUUAAAGCAGUAAUUAUAACAAUUAAAGUAAUAA